AUGAGAUUGUUGCUUCUUCUUAUUACUACCGUAUUGGUAUUUUUGGUAUAUGCUGAUGAAAAUGAAUUGGAAAGUAAAUUGGAGUUUGAGAAAGUUGUCGUCAGGCACAAGUAUUUCAGUGAUGAUGAAGAGAAAAUUGGCGCAGAGCAGAUUCCGACCCCCACGACUAAAAAGGAGGCAAUUCCAAGUUCGAAAAAUGAAUUUAGGCCAAGUACACCUGAGUACCCAAUGACUUCUCAAAAUCGUUUUGCUAGAAUGCUACAAACCGACAUUGUUACUGCAAAUAAUUUUACUUUUACAAGUACAACCACCUCUGCAGUUGAACUUGUGAAUUCCACUACUAGGCUUGUGCCAACACCGACAAGUUCGAUACCAGUUGUGGAUCAUAAGAAGGAUGUGAUUGCAACUAUGAAAAUUGCAAAUUUAUUUCUGAGCACAAAAGCACCACAACAUACGGAAAACGCCGAGAUUACUAAAACCGCAAGUGGCUUGGAAGCAACAACUUCAUUUGAUUCAGAUCACUUUUCGAGUUCGACCAAAGACUUAUCCACUGACAAUUCUACGGACACAAUCAACGAGGCUAUGAGCAAAGAUACGGUCAGCCAUCAAUCAACAGCUCGGCGAAGGAAAGUGUAUCGACUACCAGAUGUCCCGAAAUUCCAUUGCACCAUUUUUUUGCACUUUAGAGUGCCUACAAAUUUAAAAAAAAUUACUAAUAGUAAAAAUUAG